AUUAGUCGACGAUUUCACAAAAUUUAUGCAAAAAAUUAGUUUUGAAUUAAAAUGUAUAAAAUAAAAGCAACAAAUGAAUGGUUUAUUGAUGCGCCAUGGGGUAAAAUAGCUUUGAUAUCAUGGGGCGAUCCCUCUGGCACUCCGGUUCUCCUGGUCCACGGACGUCAAGAUAGCGCUGCCACCUUCAUCCCUCUGUUAGAACAUCUACCGGACUCAUACUAUUACGUUGGCAUGGACCUACCAGGGCAUGGGCAGUCAGAUCCACUUCCUAUAGGUCCAAUGUUAACGAGGCUCCACUUUCUUGUUGCGGUUGAGUAUGCAUUGAGACACCUCAACUGGGACCAGUUUGUGUUUAUUGGACACUCCAUGGGCUGCGAACAGGGUUUAUUCUACAACAGAAUAUAUCCCGGAAAGAUCACAAAAUUCAUUUUUCUUGAUCCGUUGCCGUCUCUUCAAAGACUUCAAAUUCACAACUAUGAGGAGUACUACGGAUCUUUUUACAAAGAAUACUAUAGUAAAUACAAAAAAUACAACCAUGACGACCGAGUGUAUACUAAGAAGAAAGUUCUGGAAGCAGUGAUGAGGAAUAGAGGGUUAAAUGAAAAUCAAGCGGAAUUGGUUCUGUCAAGAAAUCUUCAUUGUAUUGGAGAAGAUUUGUAUAAAUUGGCCUGGGACAAGCGGUUAAAAUUUCCAGCACCCCAAAAUUACCCUGUUGAUUAUUAUGUAGACCUUUUUUCAAAAUUACUACCCCCCACCCUUAUAAUUUCAGCUUCAAACAGCCUGAACCCAGAUUUUAGGGAACGGAAUGAGAAAGCAUUGCAUUUAGUUAGGGAAUUACAAAAAAAUACGGAUUAUUUCUUCGUAGAAACAGUGACUGGUGGCCAUGACGUUCAUUUGACUGAUUCUGAGUCGGUGGCCAGAUGUGUUUUAGGUUUUUUGAGUAAAACAAUGAAGAAGGCUAAACUUUGAUUGACUAUACAUACAUAUUUGUAAAAAAAUAUUACUAUUUAUGUUAGGCCAUUAUCACACUGCACCGCGCUUCGCCGCGGUCCGCGUGGCGACAUAUAACUAAUCCCGCGCGCAAACGCGUUGUCAGUGUGUUGUGCCUCGCGUGUUUUCUAUACAAACUGAGGUACUUGCAUAUAAUGAUUAAAUCUGUCGUCCCGCGUACCGCGGCGGAGCGCGGUGCAGUGUGAUAAUCGCCUUGUCUUCUUUCAAAAAAGUAAUUAUUCAAAAAAAUGUUGUGUCCGUUUAAAUGAAAAUUAAAUAAUAAUUUUCUAGCAUCCUAGGAAUAUGUUUAAAUACUCGUAAAAAUGUUAUUUUAUUGACAUUUUAAAUUGAUACUCUCUGAAAUUAUAAUGACAAUGUACUUACUUAAUGAAUUGUUAAGACUGAAUUAAAAAUAAGUGAAUAUCAUAAAAAUAAAAAAUAUUAUUUACUAUACUUUU